AGCGAGGCGGCAACCCUGUGCCGAGAGGGAGAUGGCUAGCUUGCGGUAUCCUGCUCUCCGCGCGACUAACGGUAAACAAAAUGGCUAACGGGACAGCGGAAGUGGGCGUGCGAGCGGGACGGCAUGAUGCCGCGGCUGGGCGAUGCUAAGGCAACUGAUUAAAUAACGGUUAAAUGGCAGCGGCCAUUGCGAAAGUUUCCUUUUUGUGGCAACCUCUCUUUUUUCGCUUUUUUCCCAAUUGGGAUUUUCCUCUGCCGCCGUCGACGUCGACGUGGGCGCUAAACUGUCCCGUUUACAGCAACAAAUCCGCGUAAUUCACUUGCCCGUGUGUGUGUGUGCGCGCGCGUGUGUGCUUGCGAGGGGUGCAUCCUGGCGAUGUUCGCUAAAAGGAUUAAUAAACGUUCGGCGUUUCGCAUUUCAGUUGUUCAUUUGACUCGGCGCUUAGCGGUUCAGUCACAGUCGCCUUCUGCCCCACUGUCUGUGUGUGUGUGCGUGCGUGCUUCGUCCUGGAAAACUUGAUUACGCGUAGAGCACAUGCAGCCCAUGCAGAUCCUGGCCCGAGGAUAACCGCCACAUAUGUUCGAAACCCGUCGGUGGUGGUCAAACGGUUGGAAAAAACUUAAAGAAAAUUCUGUAAUAAAAGCUGCUUGUAAGCAAAAAGAUUUUUGUUAUUGUUAAACCAGAGUUCCAAGUGUAAUAUCUUCAAAAUGGGGCUAAUACCCGAAAACUUGGCCUAAAACAGCUUGCUAAGCCCCUUAGAACAUAGGAAAGCAGUGCGCAAAGCAGAUCCUUCAAAAUGCAGAGCUCCAAAUCCUUUCUAAUUCGCGAUCUCCUCGGGGAUUUGAUCAAUCGACGACAAACAGACUCGGAGCUGGAGCUCUCCAACGACGACUCCGACAUAGACAUCGAGGACCGAUCCACGCCGGACUCGACGGCCGCGGGCUGCCAGCAGGAUCUGCUGCUGUCGCACCACCACCGCAGAUUCACCCACCACGACGACUCCAGCGUGGAGUCCUGCCUGUCGGCCACCAGAGGCCCAGGAUCCGGUUCGGGAUCGGCGGGAGGAUCUGCUGGCGGAGUCGGUGGAGUUCCCAGCGGACUGAGUGCAGCGGCGGCGGCGGCGGGCGUGGCCGCUGGUCUCCUGGCUGCGGCGGCAAGUAACGCUGGCGGAGAUCGGGAUCGGGAUCCCAAUGGAGGCAGUGGGCCGGGAGCGGGCGGAGGCGGGAGUGGCGGCUAUGCGGAGCACAAGCUGCAGCUCAGCAAGAGCGGCCGGAAGCCGCGUCGCCGCCGCACCGCCUUCACCCACGCCCAGCUAGCCUACUUGGAGCGCAAGUUCCGGUGCCAAAAGUACCUGAGCGUGGCCGACCGCAGCGAUGUGGCCGAGACGCUCAAUCUCUCCGAGACGCAGGUGAAGACCUGGUACCAGAACCGAAGGACCAAGUGGAAGCGACAAAACCAACUGCGCCUGGAGCAGCUGCGUCAUCAGGCGACCAUGGAGAAGGACUUCGUGGUGCAGGAUGGCGGCGGUGCCGGCGCACUGGGCUGCUGCCCCAGCGGCCUGAGCAGUUCAUUCAGUGCCGCUGCUGCCGCCGCAGCGGCUGCCAGCAAUCCGUGCAACUUUCUCACUUCCGCCGCAGCAGCGGCCAUUUUCCGGAACGUCGGCUACGUCCACGGAUGUCCCAUGUAGGAGUCGGGUCUCCGCUAAAAAAGAAAUGAGAAACACAAAGCAGACCACCUUCCAAGCCCACUCCUCCCAGUUGCCUGUGUACAUAAUACGUAUAAAGAAACCUGUUUUUGUGCAAUAACCGAUCGGGGUGAAUUAUUGAAAUAGCAGCCCGUGGGCUCAUAUUUACCAAGCGUACCCGAUAUUAUAUUAUACGUACUUAUCGAUAUAAUCAUAGACUAAGCAUAGUCGAAUUAACUGUAAUAUACAACAUCCAAACCUUUUUUUUCGCCGCACUCUAUGGACGUCUUUUUU